CGCGCACGGCUGCACUUCAGCGCUGCGGCGGCCGGAGCCGCUCGGGACAACGCGGUUCCCGGCGUGGGGACGGGUCCCGCGGCGGCAGAUCUGGUGAGCGCGGGAGGCGGGAGCCCGGUCCGCAGCCCGGGGGAUGGCGGCGGCGUGCCGCAGCCGGCCAGCAGCCUAAGCGCCGCAGCGGGCACUCGGGAGGGCUGAUCUGGGCACAGCUUCUGAUCUUCAGUCAUGGAUGAAACUGCUUUGUCCCUUGGAACAAUAGAUGUUUCCUAUUUGUCCACCUCAGCAGAGUGCAGUAUCAGUAGAUGUAAGCAUUCCAGUGAAGAAUGGGGAGAGUGUAACUCUAGGCCCACUCUCUUCCGAUCUGCCACUUUGAAAUGGAAGGAGACUCUACUGAGCAAAAAAAGGCCGUUUGUGGGCCGGUGUUGCUAUGUCUGCACUCCCCAGAGCCGGGAUAACUUCUUCAAUUCUAGUAUUCCUUCUUUGGGUCUACGCAAUGUCAUAUAUAUCAAUGAAACACAUACAAGGUACAGAGGGUGGCUUGCAAGACGCUUUUGUUACUUCCUUUUUGUGCAAGAGAGGGAUGUUCAUAAGGGUAUGUUUGCCAAGAAUCUGACAGAAAAUGUGCUGAAUAGCAGCAGAGUCCAGAAGGCCAUUUUAGAUGAAGCUUCUGAACCAAGUGCUCCGGGUAGUUUUACUCAGAUGGAUCCUAAAGCUGUUAACAAAGUGAAGAAAAAAGCUAGGAAAAUUCUUCAGGAAAUGGUAGCAAAUGUGUCACCUGCUUUAAUCAGGUUGACUGGCUGGGUGUUACUGAAGCUCUUUAACAGCUUCUUCUGGAAUAUUCAGAUUCACAGAGGUCAAAUAGAAAUGGUCAAAGCAGCAACAGAGAUGAAUUUGCCUCUUAUCUUCUUGCCUGUUCACAAAUCCCACAUUGACUACCUGCUCCUCACAUUCAUUCUUUUCUGCCAUAACAUCAAAGCACCUUACAUUGCUGCAGGGAACAACCUCAACAUCCCCAUCUUCAGCACAUUAAUCCGCAAGCUAGGAGGGUUUUUCAUCCGUCGGAAGUUAGAUCAGAGUCCUGAUGGUCGUAAGGACUUUCUCUACAGAGCUUUGCUCUACGUGCACAUAGAAGAAUUGUUGAAACAGCAGCAGUUUUUAGAAAUAUUCUUGGAAGGCACACGAUCUCGAAGUGGAAAGACAGCUGGAGCUAGAGCAGGUCUUUUAUCUGUGGUGGUGGAUGCUCUCUUCUCAAAUGCUACUCCUGACGUCCUAAUUAUACCUGUGGGAAUCUCCUAUGAUCGAAUAAUUGAAGGUCACUAUAACAGUGAACAGCUGGGCAAGCCUAAGAAGAAUGAAAGUCUUUGGAGUAUAGCCAGAGGAGUGUUCAGAAUGCUGCGGAAGAAUUACGGGUGUGUCAGAGUAGAUUUUGCACAACCAUUUUCCUUAAAAGAAUAUGUAAACAACCAAAGCCAAAAACCUGUGCCUGCUCCUCUUUCUUUGGAACAAGCUUUGUUACCAGCUAUACUUCCGUCAAGAUCUAAUGAUACUGUGGAUGAAGGUACAGAGGCCUCACUGUCCAGCUCCAGGGAUAUCACCAGUGAACCCUUCAGAAGAGAGCUGAUAGCCAACUUGGCUGAGCAUGUUUUGUUCACUGCUAACAAGUCCUGUGCUGUGAUGUCUACCCACAUUGUUGCCUGUUUGCUGCUGUACAGACACAGGCAGGGAACUGAUCUCUCCAGGUUGGUGGAAGAUUUCUUCUCCAUGAAGGAGGAGGUCUUAGCCCGUGAUUUUGACUUGGGAUUUUCAGGGAACUCAGAUGAUGUUGUCAUGCAUGCCAUCCACUUGUUGGGCAACUGUGUAAAUAUCACAAACACUAGCCGAAACAAUGAGUUCUUCAUCACUCCCAGCACCACCAUACCUGCUGUCUUUGAACUCAACUUCUACAGCAAUGGUGUUUUUCACGUGUUCAUUAAAGAGGCCAUUAUUGCCUGCAGUCUUCACGCAGUUCAGAGCAGGAGAUACAGAAAUGGCACCAAUGGUGGUUCUCCCAGUUUGAUUAGUCAAGAACACCUGGUCCGAAAAGCUGCCAGCUUGUGUUACCUACUUUCUAAUGAAUUUACAAUAUCUUUGCCUUGCCAGGUGAUCUAUCAGGUUUGCCACGAAGCUGUGGAAAAGCUGAUACAAUAUGGCAUUCUUCUGGUGGCUGAGCAGGAUGAUCAGGAGGAUGUUAGCCCAGGUCUUACAGAACAGCAAUGGGAUAAAAAACUCCCUGAGCCAUUAUCUUGGAGAAGUGAUGAGGAAGAUGAAGACAGUGAUUUUGGAGAAGAGCAGAGAGAUUGCUACCUGAAGGUGAGCCAGUCUCAAGAGCACCAGCAGUACAUCACUUUCCUGCAGAGGUUAUUGGGACCUUUACUGGAAGCAUACAGCUCUGCUGUCAUCUUUGUGCACAAUUUUAGUGGUCCUGUUUCAGAGUCUGAAUAUGUUCAAAAGUUACACAGGCACUUAAUAAGCAGGACGGAGAAGAAUGUAGCUGUAUAUGCUGAGAGUGCUACCUACAGUCAUGUGAAAAAUGCAGUGAAAGUCUUUAAGGAAAUUGGGGUUUUUAAUCAAACGAAGCAAAGAAGAGACACCAUUUUGGAACUGAGCACUACGUUCCUACCUCAGCGCAACAGGCAGAGACUGCUGGAAUUCAUCAUGAGCUUCAUGGUAUUAUAAACCACGGAGAGCACCUUUGUCCAGGGACACAAAGACAGGUUUUGAGACUGUAUCAAAGCCUGGGGACAUUUGCUAAUCUUUCAAGGUGUAAGGUGCCACUGUCUGGGUAAGGCCUUCUCUGACUUGAACUACUGGAAGACAAGUGCCUUGUUACGUAUGUAUUUAUGGAUUUCUUACAGUCCCAAUGCUGUUGUAGCACAGCGAUACUCAGAUGACACUUUGGAUACAAGUAACUAAACACAUUGCAAAAAAUGAAUGAUUAGGAUGAGAUUUAAAAUGAAAAGUGAAGUUUUAUCAGUGUUUUAAGUAUACUUUUACAGACUGUAACAGAUACACAAAUACACAUAUUGGUGAUCUGUAGCUAACCCCGAGGUCUUGAGUUUAGUGGCAACACAGCUUGUGGCAUAAACAAGUAACUUUCAUUCCAAUUCAGUUUUCUUAUUUUAAAUCAAUGGUUUCAGAAUUUUGCUUAGGCAGAAUGUAUGUGUCAUGGAUAAAGCCAUAGUUUUUUAUAAAUGUUAACAUAAAUGCCAAAAUUCUAAUGAGAUACACAGACAUCUGAGAGCAAUGAUCAUGUAGGAGAUGAUUGUCAGAAACGUCAGCAGGCACACCUUGCACUGUUAGAGCUGUGUAAUGCCGUGGUAGAUUGCACUAAUCACUGCUGUCAUGAAGAAUGUGAGAGUAACUGGCUUCUUUUUAUUAUGGCAUCUGUCAUUCAGCCAGAUGAAAGUCAGGAGACAGUUGCCUGAAUGUGAAUAUCUUGUAAAAUCUUACGUUAUUAUUUAAUUGAAAAAACAAAGCUAUGAAGUUUGGUGGGCUUUUAUUUUUAAUUAAUGUCUCUCUCUUUUUUUUUAAUUAUUAUUUUCAAGUACAGACUUGAUUUGGUGAAAUAAUUUUUAAUUUGGGCCCUAAAACUUUCAGCAAUAACUUUUACAAUCCUUUGGAAACAAAGUGUUCAUAUUGUGUUCUCUUGCUGAGCAGAUCUAAAGCAGUAUGAAGUAGUAACCUCUAGAAAUAGGGAAGCAGCAUAAACAGUGUACUCUUGAGUCUAACUGACUUACAAAAGAGAAAUAAUUCAUAGACAAAACUGAGUGAUGAAUAAAUUCUGUCCUAUGAAACAGGGCUCUGGUCCUGUGAUUCGAUCCGUUUGCAUGGAGGACUUGCACUGUAGAUUUCAUCUUCUCUUCAUGUGAGUGGAGAUUGAAUUGCAACCCACAGUCCUGUAUUUUAGUACAGCUUCUCUAGCUGAAGCAAUAACUUGGUGUUAUGUGAAGCUGAUUUGCUUGUGGAAUGUGCUUUUCCUCAUUUAGAUUGCCUUCUAUAUGAGGGAAAUCAAACUUGGUUACUCCAGUGUUUUGCUUGAUUCUCGCAUCCAGGCAUUGUGAGCAGAAAAUCCCCUAAAAUUUUGUCAUGUGGUCUCUUUUGCUUGACAUAACUACAGGAAAGCAUACUUGAAUCCCAGCACUUGCACUGUUACGCCAGCACAAAACCGAUGCACACGAUUUGACUUUGUGGCCAAGGAGCUUGUGCAUUUGUACUGCACAUUUGUCAACCAGAAUAUUUCUGUACAUUUUUUCUAUUAAAUGUGAUUAAUAUUUGAAAGCUGCAAUUUAUAGUUUGUUAGCAUUACACUGUCAGCACUGUGAGACACGUGUUCUGUCACUAAACCAGGUGCUCUACAACACUUAACAGAAUUUCUGAACCAAAGCUACAUUAAUACAGAUAGAAACUGACCCGAGAGUCGCUUCUGUUCUUACAUCCUCCUGCUGUCUCAGCAGGACCGUGACUGCAUCACACACCAUUUGUUUUGUGAAGUCUACUAGCUGUUUAGAAACAGUUUCAUCUCCUGCCUAGCUAACGUGCACUGUUGUUUAACCUGAGAUAUGCUCCACACAAGGGUUGUUGCUGAUGGCUUCUGUUUAAUGUCCAAAACAGACUAGGUGCUUCUGAAUAAUGGGCUCUCCUAGUUUACUGCAUUGCAGUAAAUCUGUACUAACAGUGAAGACUGUACAUAAAAAAGGUUUUUACAGAUGAAGCAAUAUGAAGCAAAAAAAACCUUGAGUUAUUUUUAUCAAGAGUGUUCUGCCAGCUGAUAUAUUAGUUACCAACGAAACCUAGGAGUACUGUGGUCACUGGAGUGUUCUGGCUAGGUGUUGCAACUAACAGAGGUUAUGGCUUACACUGAAAAAUCUAAACAAGUUAAACCUGGGUAAUAUAACUCAAUGAAUGGCUAGGGUAAUGAUGCAUGUGAAUACACAUUAAUGAAUAGAUUUAAUGUGCAGACGCACCUCCAAAACUGGUUUGGUUUUGUAUGAAAAAACCUGCAUGUGAGAAGUCAGUGCUAUGAACCAUAUGCCCCUGGAAGCCUUUGCAGUCUGCUGCAAGUGUGUAUGUACACAUAUUUAUGCAAAUGUGUGUAUAGUGUGACACACAACAACUAUGCUUUUCCCUGAAAAUAAAGCACAGAAUAUAAAAUGAUCAGGUUAUAGCAGUCAAAAACUGAAACCAACACUUUUGCACUGAAUUUACACCUUCAGUGUCUUCUGAUUUUAUUAACCUUUCAUGUUUCCCUUGCUGAUAGUAUACCAGUUAAUUUUGGUCAACCAGUAAAGAAGAAAGAUCUGGCCCUGAAUUACCACCAAUGUAUUUUAAGACUCUCUUCUUACAGACUUACAUGAGUCUCAACAUUCUUAUGAGCAUAGUACUCAUGUAACAUGUGCAAGUCUUUUGGGGCCAGGAUCUUUUGUGAUAUAAGAAACUUAGUCUUUCCAGAUGAAUCCUGUAGAUCACACGUUUUUAGAGUGGUAAAAAUGUAGAAAUCAAUUUCCUGUGCCACCAUAGCUACCCAGACCCCAUGAACUUGUUAAUGCAUUUAACUCUGUACUCACAUUGACAGCGUUUGACAGUAUAGGGCUUUAUUCACCUGUCUUUGAAUAGGAAGCAUGUACACACACUGAGGUUCAACUGACUGCCUGCUCUGCAGAGAAGUAUCAGAAUCACCUUGUAGAAGAAGGUUGAGCUGGGAGGUGAUGUAAGAUACUGUUGCUCUUGUGUUUCUGUGCUAAUGAGCCUGACACUGCUUCCUUCAGAAUGUUACCACAUUUUACCUGUUACCUGUAAUGCCGUGUCUGUUGUAGAAGCACAGAGGUGUGCUGGAGUCAUUUUAAUAAAUUAAACUGUUUGCUAAUAUGA